AUGGUAAAAAAUUUAGAAAUGAUUGUUAAACCAAAAACACGUCAAGAAAAAAAAGAAUUAAAAAGUGGUUUCGUGGAGGAUGAUAAUGAAGAUAUCGCUUAUCUCAACUUACGUCUUAUCAUUCCUGUAUUGAUAACCUAUAUAGCUUCUGGUAUAUGUCUUUUUUUGUCUAUUUACCUUGGUAUUAAUGAAGACAUUUAUGAUUCAACACCAAAAAAUAAUCUUAAAGGUGAUAUAUAUUUAUUAAAAUAUGGCUCAUUAAAAUAUAUAUGUAAAGAUAGAAAUCCAUCAAAACCAAAUGAAAUUCCAUCUUUUUUAAGAUUAAUUGAAUUAAAAAGUCAAACAAAUAUGUGGUUACGAUAUUCUGUUAUCACUCCAUGGAUGAUAAGAUUUUUUGUAACUUAUUGUAGUAAAAGAUUGUUAGAUGAUCAUCGAAUGAUUAAAAACAAUACUAUAGCAUCAACUUUAAAUUCAAUCUCACCAUAUAUAAUAUUUUGUGAAAUUUUAUUUUGUUCUUUAUUUUCAAUUAUUACUAUACGUCACGAUUUUCCAGAAGUUACAAAUAUUUCUCUUCAUAUGUUUAUUUAUAUUGCUGUUAUAUAUAUGCUAAUUCAUUUCUUUCUUUCUGCAUUAACUUUACCAGAAAUAUUUUCACUUGUUGAUAUUAUUUCUCUCAUGAUAAAGUUCAUCUCUGGCUCUAUUUUUUGUUACUUUGGGUAUACAGUAGUAAAUUAUCAUCUUAAAUUUAUGGUAGAAUUAAGUUGUCAUCCAUAUGUUCCUUAUGAAAUAGCAAUUAGUGAAUAUAUUGCACUUGGAGGAUAUACUUUAUUUCAUUUUACUCAUAUUACACAAAUUCGUGAUAUCAGGUUUAUUUGUUAUCCACGAACAUCUUCUGGUGAAUGUGAACCUAUUUGUAGUGAAAAUUUUAUCAAAGGUGGAAAAUAUGAAUAUUGUAGAUCAUAUGAACUACGACAACGACAACUCAAUGAAAAGGAUAUUAAAUAA